CUCUCUCUCUCUCUCUCAGAGGUCAGAGCCAUGUCUGCAACGGCAGCUUUCCUUUCAGGCCCAACCUCAGUGGCCCACUUCAAAAGUGCUAGAAAUGGGCCUUUCUUCAAGCCCAUUUUCAACAGCAGGAUUUCUUCAAAGCCGCACCUCAACGAACUCUUCUUCAAAAACCCAACCGGGGUGAAUCGAAAUUCAAUCUCCACUGGCAUCAGACCCUUCUCCCCUGUCAUGGAAUGGCAGGAUUGCGUGGCGAAGAUUGAAGUCGACGUUCCUUGUAAGGUUGCCUAUGAUUGUUAUUCCGAUCGUGAAGCCAUUCCACGAUGGAUGCCAUUCAUAUCAUCUGUAAAGAUUGUAGAAGGUAAGCCCGACCUUUCACGUUGGUCGUUGAAGUAUGAAGCAUUUGGUCGCGAUCUUGAAUUUUCAUGGCUGGCCCGAAAUAUGCAGCCUAUACCGAAUCAGAAAAUCCAUUGGCGGUCUCUAGAAGGUGUCCCUAACAAAGGAGCCGUGCGAUUUUACCCUAAAGGCCCAUCAUUAUGCUUAAUAGAACUUACCGUCUCGUAUGAAGUUCCUCAAAUUUUAACUCCAGUUGCAUCAGUGAGUAGCAGCUAUCAUAAUGCAUUGAAACCCUUUCUCGAAAGCUUGCUUUUGGGAGGUUUGGAACGAUUUGCAACAGUGGCAAAAAGCUAUAAAGCAGACUCUCCUCAGCGGCCAAAUUCAUAAAGAGACAGCACAUAUGUUGUCACAUUAAUUCGUCAUGGUUAAGGACUCAAAAAUCUCCAAAAAUGUUUUGGUUCUCCAUGCAUUUGUCACAUUCAAGAGGGGCACCUUAUCUCUGUGUAAUGUAUCUUGUGAAAAUCAAAUCCUCCAAUGAAAAGAUAUGGACUUAGAGUAAAAAGGGAGUGAUGCUCCACGAAUUGAAUUUUAGUACA